ACCGUACCCCAAGGGCCGGAGCCGGGCCGGGCGGCUGCGCCGCAGGAACCGGAAGUCAGGAGGCACCCGGAAGUGGGGUGUAAGCUUGGAAGGGGGACGCUCCGGAAGUUGUGGGCUCCGAGCUCUCGCGAGAAAGGGGCGUGGCGCCGUGCGGCGCUAGGGUGGUAACCACGGCGACGGGACGGGGCGGAGCGCGCACCCCGGGCUCUCGGCCUGUCCUGUGGGGUCGCAGGUGGGAGACGGUGUGCGGAGGCGGCCGGUGUGGACACCGGUGACCUGUCCUCUCCCCUCCUGAGCGUCCGCGGCGCUGCGCUGGGGCGGGCCCCGGAGCCACAGGUGGGUGAUGGAGGAGCCACAGACAUCCCCCGCGCAUGAUGGCUGUGGGGGCGACAUAGUCACAGAGAGAUUCCGGGUCCAGUCGGAGCGGUCCGCUUCCCACGUCCAGCUCGCGUGCCGCGCGCCGCACUGCGCGUUCCCCGUGGACUGGACUGCGCUCUGUGUGCAGAGCACCGCGGACCCUGCCCAGCAGCUUCUGAUCUUAAAAGGACACCAUCAGCCAAUCACUGCUGUGGCAUUUGGCAACAUGGAGCACCCGCUUGUGGUCUGCUCUGCCUCCCAAGAUUGCGUGCUGAUGUGGAAGCUGGAGGAGUGCCAAGAGAACGCGCUUCAGGGGACAGACCCGCAUGGGCUCGUCCUGGGCACCCGCCUGGGAGAGGUGCGGUGUGUGAGGUUCAGUUGGGACGACCAGAUGGCUGCAGUGUGCACUGGCAACAGGGUCCUCGUGCUGGACGUGCAGAGCCAAACCGCAUGUGCCAAGCUGGAGGGGCACCAGGGCCCCGUGACUGCAGCCGAGUUCUGUGCAUGGCAAGCGCAUGUGGUCAUCUCGGGGUCUGAGGACAGAAGCUUCAAGGUGUGGGACUGCCGCUCGGGGGCCUUGGUGCACAGCUCGGCGGUGCUGACAGCCUCCCCUGUCCUGAGCCUCUUCAUCGAUGGGGAGAGCCAGCAGCUGGUGGCCGGGGGCGCCGAGGGCCAGCUGUGUAUCUUCAGUUUGGUGGAAGGUCAUCAUUAUCGGCAAGUGACGCGCGUGGACCUGAGGAAAGAAAUGGGGAGUUUCUACGCCAGCCGGCCAGGAGAGAGGGGGCUGGAUAGAGGGGACGGGGUCGACGUGGUGCUCCCCGUCCUGAGCCUGGCGCACUGUGACCUGCCGCCGGGCCUCGGUCCCGGGCGUGGAUGCCUGUCCCAGGAGAGGACCAGCUGCGUGUGGGUCGGAAGCUCCACGGGGAUGUUCAUACUGAACCUGGCCAACUUUGAGCUGGAGGCGGCCCUGCAUUACCAGGAUUUUCAGGACCUCAGCAUUCAGGUGGCCGGGUCGUGUGCUUUGAUGAGCAGCUGUGGCAAGGCCUUCUGCUUACUCGCCUCCAUGUUUGGGAACGAGAUCACCUGCUUGGAGGUCGACCCAGCUGCUCUGGUGAGGUCCCAGCAGCACCCACACCUGGGAACGCCGCUCUCAGUGCUGCCCAGCUCCGGGGUCUCGCCGACCUCCCCUCUGUACUUCGGAGCCGCCAAGGGGACACAUAUCAAGCUGGCCGGCCGCCACCAAGCCGCUGCUCAGAGCGUCCUGCAGGACCAGCCCCUGGUCUUCCACAGCCGCGUCCGAUCCUCCGGUUACACGGCUGCGCCCCACAUGACCAUGUUCUCACCCAAGACCAGUGUCAAGAGAGGCUGUCAGAGACCUUCACGACGCAGGAGCACUCACCCCUGUCAGGAGUACCCUUCAGACAGCCCUGCACCGACCCGGCUCCGUAGGCAGCUGUCUGUGGCCCAGGGCCUGGUGGCCGUGCGCUGCAUGCAGUUCUCAGGAGACGGGCGUCGGCUGGCCUGUGGCCUGGCCGACCACCUGGCCCUGGUCUUUGACGCCCAUCUGACUGGAGCACCUGCUGUUUUCUCGGGUCACGAUGGGGCAGUGAGCGCCCUGGGCUGGAGCCACGAUGCCCAGUGGCUGCUGUCGGCCUCCCUGGACGGGACGGUGAGGGUGUGGUUGGCCCGCAGCCGGGAGCCUGUCCUGUGCCUGGGCACAGACGUGUUCCCGGAGCCGGUGCACCACGUGCAGUUCUACUACCUCGAUUCGUUCAUGCUCGUGUCCUCAGGCCCCGAGCUCCAGCUGCUCAGGCACCAUCUGGACCCCCGCAGGGACGAGCUGAGAAGGUACAAGCAGAGGAGCAGGUGCACCCGCGUGUUCCGGCUCCCCACGACGGAGGCCGCGGAGAUCACCGGCCUGUCCGCCCCCAACGAGUUUUACUCCCACCUAGUGCUGGCCGCCAGCCGGAGCCGGACAGUGGAAGUCUUCGACCUCAACGCGGGCCGCAGCGCUGCCGUGAUCCAGGGAGUUCAUUCCCGGCCCGCCCACCAGAUCUGCCAGAACCAGGGGUCGCCAUCCACCACCCAGCCGCCUCAGGCUUAUAACCUUUUUGCAACCACCGCCGUGGGUGACGGGGUCCGGCUGUGGGACCUGAGAACCCUGAGGUGUGAGCGCCGUUUCGAAGGACACCCAACCCGCUGCUUCCCAUGUGGGAUUGCCUUCAGCCCCUGCGGGCGCUUCGUGGCAUGUGGUGCGGAGGACAGAAACGCAUACGUGUAUGACGUGGGCUCCAGCACCUUCUCCCACCGGCUGCCGGGGCACACGGACACGGUCAGCGGGGUGGCCUUCAGCCCAUCCGCCCCUCAGCUCGUCACCGCCACUCUGGACGGCAAACUCCAGCUGUUUGUAGCCGAGUGACGCUGCCCCAUGCCGCCAGGCCCCAGCGUGAGAUGGUGCUGCUGCGUCUGCCCACGGCCCUGGUUCUACUGCUCACGGCCCCACAGACCCCCACGGUGCUGCCCUUCCACGCAGAGGGCGGUGAAGUUAACGCCGAUGUUCCCCAAUAAAUAGCCUGUAUUUGCUUACAACCGAGACUGCAGAGAGUGAGAGUGACAGAAUGACAAUAAGAGAGUGAGGGAGUGAGAGAGAGUAAGAGGGAGGGAGAGACUGAGACACAGACAGGGUGGAAUGGGAGGGACGCCCUUCGCGGUGGUGAGAAAGAGGUGCAAGCCCUGACUAUGCCCACGCUCUGCUGGGGCACCAGCCUCUCCCGUGGCCUCUCCCCUGGCCUCUCCUGUGGCCUCUCCCGUGGCCUCUCCCGUGGCCUCUCCCGUGGCCUCCGUGUCUGCGAGGUUUGCUCCGGGCCUCCUGCCCACGAUGCUGGCAGAGCCGGCGCAGAGGCCCCUCCUCAGUCACAGUAGUUUCCGGGGAACCGUGCCCAGUCCCGCUUCUGAAGGUGCCACGUGUCAGGAUGCUUCUAGAACAGUCCCAACCCCGUGUCUGGCACCCUGGAAGGCACCUGUGUCAGGACCUCUGCGGCAGCAUGGCCUCACCGGGGAGGCCCAGUGUCACCCACCCUUCUGGGGACCCAAGGGCUCCCGUCCCCCUGACCCCUCCCCCAACCC